AUGACCAGAGAUGAGCUGAGAAGUAAACUCGCAGAGUUCAAUCUUGAGACCAGAGGAGUGAAAGAUGUGCUGAAAAAGAGGCUGAAAAACUAUUAUAAGAAACAGAAGCUUAUGCAGAAGGAACCCGUUAAUGGAGACAGCUACUAUGACUACAUCUGUGUUGUUGACUUUGAAGCAACAUGUGAAGAAGGAAACCCACCUGAAUUCGUACAUGAAAUAAUUGAGUUUCCUGUUGUCUUACUAAACACGCAUACCCUGGAAAUAGUAAGUGAUCUAAUUAGUGUUUUGUCCUUCUCCCCUCUUACAUCCACAUCCCUGUGCUUUGGUGCCUGCUGGCUGAGAGGAAAAGUAUGUUCCAGUUGGAAAGCCAUCAUCCGUCCCAUUGGGAAUCUCAUGAUGGCCAGUCAGAGGGAUCACGUUGGCUUGGGAGGUACACGCUCCUUUUUGCCUCCAUCAGGGCAAGUAGCUGCUGUUGUCUUUUGGCUGUGGGAGGAUACCUUUCAGCAGUAUGUGAAGCCAGAGAUUAAUCCCAAGCUUUCAAAAUUCUGCGUCAGUCUGACAGGAAUCACCCAGGACAUUGUCGAUAAAGCUGAUACAUUUCCUCAAGUUCUGCAGAAUGUCAUUGAGUGGAUGAGACAGCGAGAACUGGGAACGAAGUAUAGCUAUUCCAUGUUGACAGAUGGAUCUUGGGAUAUGAGUAAAUUUUUGAACAUUCAGUGCCGUAUUAGCCGUAUCAAAUACCCUUCUUUUGCCAAAAAGUGGAUCAAUAUUCGCAAAUCGUAUGGGAACUUCUAUAAGGUUCCUAGGAACCAGACCAAGCUGACGAUCAUGCUUGAGAAGCUGGGCAUGAAUUAUGAUGGGAGACCUCACAGUGGACUUGAUGACUCUAAAAACAUUGCAAGGAUAGCUGUAAGGAUGCUGCAGGAUGGCUGUGAACUGCGGGUGAAUGAGAGAAUGCACGCCGGACAGCUCAUGACAGUGUCCUCCGCGGUCCCCUUAGAGGGAGCCCCUGCUCCACAGAUGCCCCGCAACAGAAACUAGCAGUAGAGGGGUUCUGCCUUGGGAACUGCCCUCUGAUACCCGCUAAAGACUGUUAAGAGCUUGUUAGAUGGCCACCUCUGCCAGCCUGUCUGCAGUGCAGAGUCUGGAAGCACCUUAACUAAUCGUCUCUCUUGAAAUAGAGAGGAGUGUGGAAGCUCUUUGCUCUUUGAAGCCUGUGUUACAGC